AUGGAAAAAUUGCUCUGCAGCAUCCUGGUCUUUGGAAUGGCUGUCAUGGUCAACGCUUGUCCCAAAUACUGUGUCUGUCAGAACCUGUCCGAGUCACUGGGGACUUUAUGUCCCUCCAAGGGUCUCCUAUUUGUACCCCUAGACAUAGAUAGAAGGACUGUUGAACUCCGACUUGGGGGCAACUUUAUUAUUAAUAUCAGCAGACAGGAUUUUGCCAAUAUGUCUGGACUUGUUGACCUUACUUUGUCCAGAAACACCAUCAGUUACAUACAGCCCUACUCUUUCACUGACUUGGAAAGCCUUCGAUCUUUACAUCUGGACAGUAACAGGCUGCCUGACAUUGGAGAGGAUAUUUUGAGAGGCUUAAUUAACCUUCAGCAUUUGAUUUUAAACAACAACCAGCUAAGCAGCAUCUCUGAUGAAGCCUUUGAGGAUUUUUUGCUGACAUUGGAAGAUUUAGACCUUUCUUAUAAUAACCUCCGAAGCAUUCCCUGGGAAUCUAUAAGGAAGAUGAUAAACUUGCACCAGCUCAGUUUAGAUCAUAACCUGAUAGAUUAUAUCACAGAGGGGACAUUUGCAGAUCUUCAGAAAUUGGCCAGAUUGGAUUUAACAUCCAACAGACUUCAGAAGCUCCCCCCUGACCCUAUAUUUGCCAGAUCUCAAGUAAUUCCAUUCACUGUUACACCAUUUUCUCCACCUUUGUCCCUCAGCUUUGGGGGCAACCCACUGCACUGCAACUGUGAGCUACUAUGGUUAAGGAGACUUGACAGAGAUGAUGAUAUGGAAACUUGUGCUUCUCCUCCGGGCCUAAAGGGAAGGUACUUUUGGUAUGUACGGGAAGAAGAAUUUGUUUGUGAACCUCCUCUUAUCACACAACAUACUCACAAGUUGCUGGUUUUGGAAGGGCAAACUGCUACAUUGAAAUGUAAAGCCAUUGGAGAUCCCACUCCCAUCAUUCAUUGGGUGGCUCCUGACGAUCGUCUCAUCGGGAACUCUUCGAGGACAGCUGUCUAUGACAAUGGCACUUUAGAUAUCCUCAUCACCACCUCCAAGGAUUAUGGGACUUUCACAUGCAUAGCAGCAAACGCUGCUGGAGAGUCUACUGCAACAAUUGAGCUCUCAAUUGUUCAGCUCCCCCAUCUCAGCAAUGGCACAGGUCGAGCAGCCCCACCAAAAUCCAGACUCUCGGACAUCACCAGCUCCAGCAAAUCUAAUCGUGGUGAAGCAAAAGGCCCACCAGAAAGGGCUGUCCUGGUGUCAGAUGUGACCACUACCUCAGCUUUGGUCAAGUGGACGGUGAGCAAGUCGGCCCCUCGGGUAAAAAUGUAUCAGCUGCAGUAUAAUUGCUCAGAUGAUGAAGUCCUGAUCUACAGGAUGAUUCCAGCUACAAACAAAGCGUUUGUUGUAAACAACCUUGUUUCUGGAACAGGAUAUGACCUAUGUGUCCUGGCAAUGUGGGAUGACACAGCCACAACCCUUACUGCCACCAAUAUUGUAGGAUGCGCCCAGUUCUUCACCAAAGAAGACUACCCUCAGUGCCAGUCGAUGCACAGUCAGUUCCUGGGUGGGACCAUGAUCUUGAUCAUUGGAGGCAUCAUUGUGGCAACUCUGUUGGUAUUUAUUGUAAUACUCAUGGUCCGCUAUAAGGUCUGCAACAAUUCCCAGGGGAAGAUGUCUAGUGUCAGCAACGUCUACUCACAGACAAAUGGAGCUCAACUAGUUCAGAAUGGAGUCUUGCCCCAAGUCAACCCCAAAGUGGUGGUGAGGAAUGAACUUAUGGAGUUUAACUGUCAGUCUGUGCGGAGCAGCAUCUCCUCUUCUUCAAGCUCUGGAAAUAGCCGUGACUGUGAUGACUAUAGCCUCCAAAGUGAACAGGGCACAUUGUCCAGUAAGUGGAGGCCUCCUUCCAGGUCAAAACAUAAUAUAGACCGGCUAAUGGGAGCUUUUGCCUCCCUGGAACUGAAAUGUCAGAAAAAGGAGGAGAUGACAGACUCCAGAACUUCCACGGUGGCCCGCCACUCGGACAAAGAGCCACUGCUGGGCCAGUCAGAGUCCAAAUUUCGCAGUCUCCUCAUGUUGCCUCUGGAGGGCAAAACUAAACGUAGCCAUUCUUUUGACAUGGGGGACUUUGCCACAUCUCAGUGUUGCACCUACCCAAAAAAGAUAACAAACAUUUGGACAAAGAGGAGCCUCUCUGUGAAUGGCAUGCUUUUGCAGUAUGAUGACAAUGACCUAACAGGCGCAAAAGGGACUUUCGGGAGCUCAGAGUGGGUCAUGGAAAGCACAGUGUAA